AUGAAAGGACUAAGAAUGAGCGGCAGAGUCCUACCCCACCAAGUGUCCUUCAUCUUGACGUCGACGCCUUCACUAACCUUUCUCCUCUUCACAGCUCUCACCUCCAGCUCAGAAAUCCGUAAACAAAACCCAAACCCAACAAUGUCAGACAUUGGAAACGUCAUCAUAAACGUCAGUUACGACACAACUUCCAACAAGUCUGUCAACACCGUUAUCGUCGGCCAUUUAAAUUCCAACUACCAUCCCAUUCAAGACUGGAUUUUUGGACGUGCCUACAAAGUGCAGACGAUAAACAACAGUUCAGACGGUUGUAGCCGGAUCACCAAUGUUAUCCACGAAUCCUGGGUGGCUGUCAUUCAACGGGGGGACUGUAAUUUCAGUACAAAAAUUUAUUAUGCCCUAGUGGAGAAUAAUGCCUCAGCUGUGAUUAUUUACGACAACGAACCCAACUCAGAUUAUGUCGUCAUGCAGAGUGAUAUUCAGAAUGUUCUGGCCAUCUCAAUAAAGAAAGUGGAUGGUGAGUCGCUGUUGAACUUCAUCGACAAAUAUGAAAAGGUCACGAUACUAUUGCAAGUCAUUAAGCUGAACAACGUGAACAACAUGUUCUCCGGCAACAAAACAUCGACGAUAUUCCUCUUCAUCUCUUUCAUCGUUCUUGCUAUUGUUUCCAUGCUCUGGUUGAUAUUUUACUAUGUGCAGAGGUUUCGCAUGCAUAGUCAUAUCAAUGCAGAUCGGGCUAGGAGGAUUCGAAAGAAAAUGUUCAAGAUUGGGAAGUCUGUGGUUUCAAAGAUGGAACAGAAGACAUUGAAGCUUGGGGAUCCUGAGCUAUCGGGUGAGUCGUGCGCCAUAUGUGUUGAGGAGUUUGUGGUGGCAGAUGUCGUCAGAAUUCUUCCGUGCAAACACCUUUUCCACAAGAAAUGUGUGGACGAAUGGCUGAGUCAACACAGGAGGUGUCCAAUAUGUCAACUGGACAUCAUAAAAGCUGCUGGUAUUGUGAUCCCAGAGGAAUGUGAAUCCCUGGAAACAAUCCCACACAUCAACGUCAUGCGAACGUUAGCUGCCACCACGGCACCGUCAGCCGCAGCGACAACAGCUGCUGCAGCAGCUGCCAGCAACCCACCAAACAAUCAUCCCUCCGCGAACAACAACAGCUCGCCACACCACAACGACAACGGCCUUAAUAUCAACAUGGACGGACUUUUCGAUUUCAACGACGGCGACCUCGGCGUUCGGAACGCCGGAAGCGGCACGCUGCGGAUCCACGGCAACAUGUCUCGGCUGCACGGCAACAUGUCUCGCAUCAACGACAACCUCUUCCGAGUCAACGACGUCGGCAGUCCGUCCAGUAAUCAGAUCAACGUCAUCAUCCUUAGCUUCCGGAAUAAUAAUAAUAAUAAGAAUAAGAAUAAAUGUGGCGAUAAGAAAAAUGAGAAGAUGAUGAUGAUGGCGGGGAGGAGGGGGAGUGAUGGUGAUGACGAAAAUGGGAGAGUGAAUCUCGGAGGUAGUGAUGAUGAUGGCGUCGUCAGUCGAAGGAACUAUUUAAGUGAUGAUAACGACGAUGGCGCUGGUGCUGGUGAUAGUAGUGAUAAUGCCGGCGAUGAGGAGGAUUAUAAAUCGGCUUCCAGUAAAAAUCAAGGUGGAAGUUUCGUCAGUGUCCAUAGGGCAUACGACGGCCUGACCGAUGGCAGUGCAAAUAAUCACAAUAAUAACAAUAAUAAUGAUAAUAAUAAUAAUAACGUUGACAACAAUGGGGAUGAUGACGUCACUAGAAAUUUGAUUAGUCCUAAUGAGAACAGCGGAAAUGAUAAAAAUGACAUUAAAGAAGUCAUCGGUGAAGCCAGUAGUGAUGCCGUCAACAACACUGACAGCAGCAACAUCAACGACACGGAUCUAGUCAGCUCGAUGAGUAUCGAUAGCAUGACAUCGCGCACUGACAUCAACAACAUUAACUCUGAUAACAUCAACAACAACAACAAUCGCGAAAACAGUAACACUACAUUUAUCAACAACAGUAACGUUAAUAGAGAGGAAGGUAAAAGUGUCAGUUCAGUCAUCGAUGAUGAGGAAGAUAGUACGCUAAGCACAUUGGGUAAAUCUCUUCUAGAUGUUUAUAACAAUAACAUUAACAUUGACGAUGACAUAAACAACAACAAUGAUGAUGAUGACGUCAUCUCGUUUACUCACACUCCCGUGGAUAGCAUCAACAACAACAGCGACGAUAACAGCAACAUCAAAAAUGUUUUGUGAUAACGAUGACGUCAUUCUGAUGAUGUCAUUAUAAUGUUGUUGUUGUUGUUAUUGAGACGAUAUGACGAUGUGAUUGUCGUAAUGUAAUGACGAUGAUGACGUCAUUGUGAUAAUAAGGUGUUGUAUAAAGUUUCAUUCACGUUUGGCUUCGUUAUCAUCGGCCUUUUUACUGUCUUGUGCAAAGAAAAAUUUAUUUUAAACGAUUUUUUUUUUCAUCUUUGAAAAAUUUAUAUUUUAUCAUUCUACCAUUCGUUUGUAUGAGAUGUUUAUUUCAUCCGCGAGGAAGAAGAUCUUGUUGAGUUAAUUGUGAAGAUUUUUUUUAGUAUUUUCGCUACUUUCAUUUUAUGAUUUCACACAAAGAUGUUUAAUUUAAAAAACGAAAAUAUCGAUAUAUAUGCCAUGUAUUAUGUAAUAAUGAUCAAUGUUUUCACCAUUAAGACUACAAUAUACGAUUGAGUGAUUGAUUUAAAUAAUUAACCACAUUUUUUAUCAUAAACAUCAAAAAUUUCUUUGAUUUUAAAUCAAUCUAAGAUUUAAUUUUACUCUAAAAAACUGCGAGGUAUCUUCCUUAAUGCUUUGAAUAGAAUGUACUGAAAAACAUUAAGCGCUACAUUCAGCGGAAGUUAGCAAAGAUGCCUUUUGUCAUGAUUUAUGGUCUGACGUCAUUUUGAAAAACGGAAAAACAACAUAAAAAGAAACAAUACUAAUACAAAUUUUUAUAAAAUUUUGAUAUAAUUAAAAAUAUAUAUUUAGUGGCUAAUUUUUUUUAGAAAAAUCAAAGAAUUGCAUUUAGAACGGCUGAAUUUCUUGUUGAUACAGAGAAUAACAUUUUGAUAAACAUAGACAUGUAAUUUAACUUUUUAAAUAUCUAUGUUUAACAAAGUGACUUUCUCCUUCAAUGGAUUUUAAUAAAUUUUUUCAAUUGUU